CACCCUCAGUGGAACGCGGAAAACGUCCUCGUCCAGUUUUUCCUUUUGAGUUAAAGAGGAAGCGCCCGGUAAGAUCCUCUCUCUCUCUCUCUCUCUCUCUCUCGGCAAGUAGUUGCAGUAACUUGCUUGACCCCUCCGUUGUCUUCUUCUCACUAACCGCUAAAGACUGGUUACCGGUUGGCAAGUUCCUCCCCGCCCUGAACUCAGGUACCUUGAUGCUCAAGCGUGGGGUUCACGUGGAAGACAGCCGUUUCUUCUCCUUUCCUUCUUGCUUGAUUCCUUCGCCUCCCCUUAUUCCGCUUUCUUUCCGCCGCACCUCCAUCGCGUCUGCUCAUUUCCUUCUCCAGUAGAACUGCACCUUCCCCACUAUAUUUUCCUCAUCACUGUGCCAUACCCACCAGUCAUCACCACCAAUCUCGUGCGAAGGCUCUAAUCCCUUGUGGACCUUCGCCCCUGUCUUCUCACCUUUACAACCAUUGUCAUUUUUUCAUAGACCACCCUUUUUCUUUUCGCCAGAAUUGGAAUUACUGGCAUUCCCCACAGGCCCUUGUCGUUACUUAUUCCAUCAACAUCAUCAUCACCAUCGCCUAACAUCUGUCUUCUUUGCGUCUUUGAAAUUUUAACCUGACUCCGUUUGCCGUUAUCGUCUCAUCUCAUAAUCUCUCUUGUCCCAAGGGAAGGAAAAAGGGGAAAGAAACAUGGCGGACUGGGGACCUAUUCUUAUUGCUGUUAUAUUCUUCGUGUUGCUGAGCCCGGGACUCCUAUUUCAGAUGCCUGGCAGGAGCCGCUGCAUCGAGUUUGGCAACUUUCAGACGAGCGGGAUAUCGAUAUUGGUCCACUCUAUUCUGUAUUUUGCAAUACUGUGCAUCUUCCUGUUGGCUAUUGGGGUUCAUAUGUAUCUUGGUUGAUAAGGGGGGAAUCUGGUGAAGAUAAUGGGGGACAGGGGAGCCUUUUUGUAUGUCCUCUGUGAAGGAAAGAGUAGGGGUGUGUUCCCGUAACAAUAAAAAAGUCGUUUCAAUAUGUUUGGUUCUUGAGGUUAUUGAAUGUUUGGCCUAAUUAGUCAAAAUGUAUAAUUUGAAUUCCCUUUGUUUUGGUUUUUGUAAUAUUGAAACCGUGUUUUUGCUGUGA